UCUCAGCUCUUGCAAAUUUGGUCGACAAAUACACGUCUGACUCCGAUGGAAUCGUGGUUUUGGCAUCGGGAAUGAGUCGGAUUUUUCCGUAGCAUGUAAAUUCCAUGGAAAUAAAUAGAGCAUACUUGCCCUUGUCUUUCCUUGUGCUACGUCAAGUUCAAAUGUAUCUACUCCCAAGGAUGGACAUGGGAUCGAGUUCUUCGUCAUCCUCGUCCUGCACAAUUUCUAUGCUGUGGAAUUGGACUACUGUAGAUGCUUGCUUCAUCUCAAGUCAAUGGCACAUCAGAACUGUAGGUGCCUACGUUGGGAGCUUGAUCGGCGUUUUUGUUUGGGUUGUCGUCCUGGAAGCAUUCCGUCGUCUCUCCAGGGAGUACGAUCGUCGCAUUAUCAUGGAAUGGAAAAACUCUCGAGCCAGCGUCGAAACAGCCGCGCAUGACAGCAUUAAAGGACUUUCGGGACCCGAUAUCAUGCGUUUUGGUGGUGCUAACGGAGAAUUUCGGCCGACGCACAGCCAACAACUUAUUCGUAGUAUCUUCCACGCGGUUCAAUUUGGCGCCGGCUACAUGCUCAUGUUGCUGGCCAUGUACUACAACGGUGGUAUUCUCUUGGUUAUAUUUGUUGCUACAUUCGUAGGAUACUUCAUCUCUGGUCGUGAUAUGCCUGGCGGGGGCUCUCAAAGUGAAGGGGGCAAGGAAUGUUGCUAGGAAGCAGCCUUGUAGAAUUAUAGAUUACAGUAACGAAACAAUUACGCGUAGUAACUUUCAAAUUUAGGCCUUUUCCUCUUUCUGGAGCAGUCUGCCCUUCGUUCAGGUCUUUCAUUGAAUGCAAUACUAAAAAUACAACGCGAGUUACAAGAACAGUGGCAUUGAAAAGAACUAUCAACUAAUUGACAUAGCUGUAUCUGUGGCGUCAGACAGCUGGGCUGUUGAAGCAUCUCCAGCCUUUGGUCUCAUGGAAAAUAUGAUGUCUUUUAUCACUUGCGCAAUCAACCCGUGCUGAGCCUCGACAGCGAUCUUCGUGCUGUAAA